CUGAUAGCUACAGGGAUAUAUAGAGAAUGCCGUAAGAAGAAAGGAAAGAAGACUUGUACUCUUACAGCCUCUCUCUCUCUAUCUAUAUAUUCGGAGUGGGGAGAGAGAGAAAUAGAGCAAGAGGAGGAGUUCCACAUCAACGACAAAAGGAAACCAAAAAGAUACACCAACAUAGCGCCAAACAAAAGAAGAAGAAGAAGAAAAAAAAGGAUUAGUUGAAGCACAGGAUAAAAAGGGUCUUCACCCACAAAGGCUGUGUGGCAGAAGAAAAAACCUACCCAGUUGAAAGAGAUCGCAAGAGAGAAACCCAACCCUUUUCUCUCAUCACCUCCACUACCCACAAGAGAUAAAGAGCACUAAAAAGUCCUCAACAACAUAUCAAACUGAAGCUCUGUCUCCUUCCUUAUAUUCCCUUUCUAUUCUUCUCUCCGCCUAUAAGUAUAAUCCAGUUUCCAUAUCCCUUUUUUUUUUCUCUCCCGAUUCUGCUUUUCAUAUCAAAAAGAGAUCAAUAUGGAAACACCUUCUAAGUUAUAGAAUUUUAGUCGCAAGUUUUUGUCCUGGGAGGAAGAGGGAGAUGCGUGGAUUCAAGGAAGAAGAUCAAGGAGAGUGUUCUCAAACUAUCCAUAACUUCCAAGGCUACCAAGAACAAUUACUUCUUCAACACCACCUACAAAUGCAACAGCAGCAGCAGCAGCAGCAGCAGCAAAGCAAUGACAUCUAUGGAGGAGCUAGAGGAACCGGAUUGAUUUUCCCUGAAGUUUCACCAAUCUUACCAUGGCCUCUCGCUCCAGUCCACUCCUUCAACCCUACCCAUUUCGUUUCUAACCCGGUUCGUGAACAAGACCCGUUUCUUAUCCCUCCAGUACCAUCAUCAUAUGGAAAUCUCUUCAACAGACGAGCUCCUCCCCUGCAGUUUGCUUAUGAUGGUCCAUCAAGUGAUCAUCUCAGAAUCAUAUCUGAGACUCUUGGACCGGUGGUUCAGCCCGGUUCAGCCGCUUUUGGGUUGCAAGCUGAACUGGGGAAGAUGACUGCUCAAGAAAUCAUGGAUGCUAAGGCUCUUGCUGCUUCGAAGAGUCAUAGUGAGGCCGAGCGGAGGAGAAGAGAAAGAAUCAACAAUCAUCUUGCUAAGCUACGCAGCUUACUCCCCAGCACAACCAAGACGGAUAAAGCUUCAUUACUAGCAGAGGUCAUCCAACACGUUAAAGAGCUAAAACGCCAGACUUCUUUGAUAGCCGAAACAAGUCCCGUACCGACCGAAAUUGAUGAGCUAACAGUUGAUACAUCCGAUGAAGAUGGUAAAUUUGUGAUCAAAGCUUCAAUUUGCUGCGAAGACAGGUCUGAUCUUUUGCCUGACCUAAUAAAGACCUUGAAAGCAUUACGCUUGAGAACACUAAAAGCUGAGAUUACAACUCUUGGUGGACGAGUCAAAAAUGUUUUAUUCAUUACUGGAGAAGAAGAUUCUUCAAGUAACAGCAAUGAGCAGCAGCAACAUGAGGAGGCACAAUAUUCUAUAAGUUCAAUCCAAGAAGCAUUGAAAGCAGUUAUGGAGAAGACUGGCGGUGAUGAGUCUUCCUCAGGGAGCACCAAGAGGCAAAGAACCAAUAUCAAUAUCCUUGAUCAACAACACAGGAAUUAUGGCAGUUGCAGUGUUACGAACGUCAACACCGAAAAAUAGAAGAGAUCUAGACUUUGUCUAGAAAAAGACGAGUCUUCAAGUUAUAGAUGAUAAGAGGUGAGUAUUAUAAGAAACUGAGUCUGGCAUUCUAAUUAUGGACAUGUCAUUACUUAAAAUCUAAUAAGAAAUUGCGAACAUGUA